UUUGAUUUUGGAAAACUAUUAUGUGCAAAAGUGUUUGAAGCCCUCAAGAAAGACUGAGAAAUAUAGCUACGUAUUUUUAGAUUCAGAUAAUUAGUUUCGUCGUGCAUGAAACAUUGUAAACAUAAAUAAUAAUACAUCAAGUUAAAAGAGCAUCAAUGUUUCGGCUGCAAUUGACGAGAAGUCGCGGAAGGCUAUCGUGUCAUCGACAUAUUAAUUGCUCGGCAGCAGAGGAAGUCAAAAACGUCAUUCAGGAAGCGUAAAUUGAAUCGAGAAAUUCAGUCAAGAAAGAUGUUUAAAUGGAAAAUAUGAAUGAACUCGAAAGAGUCGGUAAAAUAUUUGAAUGGGAAAGAAAUAUACAUCGUAUCGAGUUGGUCAGAAAAGACGCGUUUACCGAGUUUGUUACGAGUUAUUCCGGAAGGAUAUGCGUGUUUAGAGUAGUGAUUCAUUGCAGCUGGGUUUAGCGCGGUCCACGGACUAACAGAAACCCGGUGGCUGCCCUAUUAAAACCAGGAAACCGGUGUUAAAAAUGGCAGGGAAAUUAGCAAACCUCAAGAAUAAACUUCAAUCGAUGGAAGAACAGAUUGAAAGUAAAGACGAAGAACUAUAUCAUCUGAAGAAUGAAGCAGAAAAGGUGGACGAUUCGAUUGUCAAGGCGGAAGCAAAAGCUAAAGCUUCGGAUGAAAAAUGUAGUUUGAUGGACGAGAAGAUUCGUGAACUAAAGAAUCAACUCCAAAGCAUAAAUCUGAUUCUUACAAAAACGGAAGAGGACAAUCAAGCAUUAAAAUGGAAAUCAAUGCAAACUUCGGAUGAAGCAGAGCUAGCGGAAAAAAUUAAAAGUUUCGAUGAACGUGUAGCUAUCUUGAAGAAAAAGCUCGACGAUCAUCACAACGAGUCCAAGAAAGAAAUAGAUUUGUUGGAACAGCAAAUAGAAGAGCUUGAAGUGGAAGAUAUGGAAUCAAAACAGAGAGUGAAAACGCUUGAAGGAUCUGUAGUAGUGCUCGGAAAUGAAGCGAGAUCUUCGGAAAUUGCAUCAGUAAAGAAGAAAAAUGAAAAUACGAGUUUGAAGGACAAAAGAGACAGCUUGGAAAGAAAAAGUAAAGAACUUCCAAAACUCAUUGAUGAAAGCAUCUCCCGAUCAGACGAACAAAUCGAAGUUCUAAGAGAAAUAGAGAGCAACCUUGAAGAGGCGAUAGCUGAAUACAAUAAGACCAAACUAGAAUAUGAUUCACUGAUGGCUGAGUUCAACGAAAUAUGAUGAUACCAGAUACAGAAACCAAGCAGCAAAUUUAAUGAGGUUAAAAUAAUAAAAACUCAAAUCUACAGUAUUCGAUAAAAAUAUUCGAUUUUGCCCACCUCCAGUUAUUUGGUUUGUAUGCUAAUGUAUACAUGAGAAAGAUAUGCUAUUUGCAAGAGAAUAGUCCAAAUUGUUUUUGUUUUUUUAUCACAUGUGAGUGACUUAUUGUCCAAGGUUCAGCACAAAAUCAUAUUUUAAAAAGUGCUUUGUAUUUUUUGUAAAUAACAUGAAUAAACUUGCUAUUUCGUGGAAAGAGA